CGGGCGGGUAGAUUUACUAAGGAACGAAGACGCUGGUCAGGCAUUAAUUUGUAUGUAAUUGCCUUUCUUGCCAACUGUAUUGCGGAUUAUGGGUAGCAACAUCCACAGCCGAGUCGAGUCCUACGUGAGACUGCAAGGUGUGGAGCUGAAGCUGAGAACAUGAAUUGUCUAAGAAUUCAUGGCAGAGGUGCACAAGCUGACAAAGACAGAUAAUCGGCUUCAUAUCUGAAACACCAUCUGUGCAAAAGAAUCCGUCCUGCAUUGGUGGUGUGAUGAAUAUGCCAUUACAUCAAAUCUCUGUAAUUCCAGCCCGGGAUGUUACUUUUUCCAGAAUAUCUAAGAAUAAAACCAAAGAGAGAGAGAAGUAUGAGAAGACUUUGGGUCACUCAAGUAACAUCUCAAAGGCUGGCAGUCCAACCUCUGUUUCUGCUCCUUGCAGCUUCUCUCAGGCAUCAGUUACACCAUCUAAUCAAGACAUCUGCAGUUCCAGUGCAGUGUGUUCUGAAUGUUGUCAUCACAGUCCAGUGCAAUCUGCUGUUAUCUUGAAAAAUCCUGUCUGCCAGAAUUCUCUGACCUCUGUGACAGUUAUCUGCCAAGAUACCGUGCAGGCUUUCAAGAAAAACCUCCAUGGGCAAGCCUGUGUCCAUGCUGUCAAGUCUAAGAAUGGGAAAGCUAACCAAACUCUGAAAUUCUCCAAAUCCCUCAGUGAUGUCUACCAGAAAGCUCAGAGCACAACGGAAAGUUUUAGCUAUGUGGAGCGAACCUGUUCAGAAGGCAAACUGACACAAUCCCAGGAGCAGUGUGUAAGACUUACUAAACGUGAUCACAAGGCGAAGAAACCAUUCAACCUCAGGCCCUUUUCUUUCAGUAAUUCCAAAUCCUCCUAUUUCCAGUCGCUCUCUACCAAUUACUCAAGCACUUUUGGGGCUAGUGAUGCCCACAGUGCAGUACACAUCCCUCUGUUGGAGGACAAAUGUGACAACGAAAUGUUCCCGAGUAAAAAGUUGCUGUUCUACCUUUUCUCCUUCUCUCAUAGUUCCAGUGCAAGCAGUCAUGAACUGGAAAACUACUCAAGUCACCUCCGAACAAAGAAAUCUUCCAGUGUGGUGGUAGAGAGCACAGGUUUCUGUUCAGAUGACAUGGGAGAUGAUGAUGUCUUUGAGGACAGUUCCUCUGUGAGGCUGAAAACUGCAGAUUUACGGGCACCACUCUGUUCGGUUGAAAAGGAUAGUGACUUAGAUUGCUCUUCCCCCUUGUCAGAAAUCUUUCCCCCUCUCUCCCCUGUGUCCAUAUCUGGGGAUGCCUGCAGGAUAUGCCAUUGUGAAGGAGAUGAUGAGAGCCCUCUAAUCACUCCCUGUCACUGCACAGGCAGUCUUCACUUUGUGCAUCAGGCAUGCUUGCAGCAGUGGAUCAAGAGCUCGGACACCCGCUGCUGUGAACUCUGCAAAUAUGAAUUCAUCAUGGAGACAAAAUUGAAACCUUUAAGAAAACCCACAGGUUCUAGUUCUGCCUUCAGGAGCAACAGAGAACAAGUUCGCUUUCUUCUCUAUGUGACAGCCCUUCAGAUAUUUGAAAACUGCUGUUACGUCUCCCUUCUCCAAGCUAAACAUAUCCAGCUCUUUCAGAUGUUCCUCAUAGGGCAGUUUCCAGACUCCCUCACCAUCUUUGUUCUCUUCUGAACCGGUUCCAGUUAUCAAUGUUCUUCUUAAAAUGUAGGAGCCACAGUUGGACAGGAUAUUCCAAAAGAGGUCUGACCAGCACAGAAUAGAGUGGACCUCUGUUAAUGCAGCUAAAUAUAGCAGUCACUUAUUUAGCAGCUAUAUCACACUGCUGGCUCAUGUUCAAGUUCACAUGUAACUCUGCCUAACCAGGUCUCCCCUAUCUGUACUUGUGCAUUUGAUUUUUCUUACCCAGGUACAUUUGUCUCUGUUGAACUACAUCUUAAUUUGGACCCAGUGUUCAAGCUUUUCCAUGUCUUGGUCUUGUCUUCUAAACUGUUAGCUAUCCCCUUCCCCCACAGCUUUGAUAAUCUGCAAAUUUUAUAAGCAUCCCCUCUACUUUAUCCUCCUAAGUCAUUUAUGAAAGUAUUGAAAAGCACAGAGCCCAGGACAGAACUCUGUGGCACUCCACAUGAUACCUCCUUCCAGAAUGUGAACACAAUCAUACCCAGCAAAUAAUCAUAAAUGGCUAUUCAACAGUAACAUGAAUGAGCCCAUUUUACCAUCUUGGUACCCUGGGAGACUUUGUCAAAUGCUUUGUUGAAAUAGUGUAUACUGUCCACAGUUGUCAAAAAAGUUGAUGAGAUUGGUCUAUCACAAGUUGUUCUUGACAAAUACACGCUGGCUUAUACUGAUUCUCCAAGUACUCAGACUGACUGAUUGCUUAAUAAUCUGUUGUAGGAUCUUGCCAGGCAUCAAGGUCGAGCUGACAGAUCUGUCCUUUCCCCACUUUUUGAAGACAGGGACAACAUUUGCCUAUCUCCAGUCCUCUCAGUCACUCUGUCACUAUCAUUGCACUAUUUUCCCCAAGCAACAGAUCUACUGCAGCAUUUCUUUGACCUUCCACUUGUUUCAAGUAGAUUGUAAAACUCCUUUUUGGAGGGAUUUUUGUGUCUUGUUUUUUGCAUUGCUCACAAGACAGCUCUCCUGACACCAUCCCUACAGGUUCAGGCCUCUCUUUCAUACUCCAUCUUGGUUAUCCUUCAAUUGCUUAUAUGUGUCCUUUUUGCUUCUCAACUGCUCAGAGAGUUCUCUGCACAUCCACACUGAUUUUCUGAUAUGUCUCCCAUGUUUUGUGCUCAUGGGAAUUAUUCACAAUUGUUGGAUUUGAUUGGUAUCUCACUUUUCAGAAUCUCCCAUCCUACUUUUUUUCUUCUUUUGGAUUUCUAACCUUUCUAGCCAUGGGAUCCAUGUAGUUUUUCUCUGAGCUCAUUGAAGUCAGGUUUCUUGAAAUCUAGGGUACACAUCUGAUUUCCAGCAGUUUUCCAUCCCCUUGAUAUCAUGAAUUUCAAUAUGGCAUGGUCAUUUUCCCCGAGGGUUCCUCCCACUUUCAUUUAAGCAACCAAUUCUUUCCUAUUAAGGUCUAAGUUCAGGAUAGCUGACCCCCUUGUUCUUUCUUCCACCUUCUGAAAGAUGAAGUUGUGAGUAAGAGAAGUCAAAAACCCAUUGGACCUUCCAGUCUUAGCAGAGUUAAGACUUUCAACAGCUGCCAGGAUAGUUGAAGUCUCCCAUUACUGCUAAUGCCUGCCCCUUUGAAAAUUAUGUUAAUCUGUCUAAGGAAAGCAUUGUCCAUGUAUGUUGCUUUGCCAGAUGGUAUGUAGUAAAUGUCUGCAAUGGAAUUGCUUUUAUUUUUCUCACACAUUUUCCCAGGUCCAGACACUUUUGACUAGACUUUCAUGCUCAGAUUCAUGGAUUUCUCUACAAGUUUAUAUACAUUUUUACAUAUAAUGCAACUCCCUCCCCCUUUUUGUUGUGUUUAUACUUUUCGAACAAGUUAUACCCUUCAAGUAUGAUAUUUCAGUCAUGAAUCUCAUCCCACCAAGUUUCAGUGAUACCUAUCAGAUCAUAUUUGCCUUCCUGUUCUAGGAUUUCAGGUGCAUCCUAUAUUGAUAUUGGAGAUUGUGAGCACAUCAUUUUCUAGCUUCCUUGAUGUAGUGACUUGCAGAUUUGAGUGCUCCCUCUUCUGUUUUGCCUUUGCCCAUAUUUUCUUGUCGCUACUACUUGGUGCUUUGCUUUGUCUCCCUCAUCAGGCUCAAUUUAAAGCCCUUCUGAUGAGGUUUGCCAGGCUCCUGCCAUAAGUGUUCUUCCAUCUAAUUUAGAUGGUACACCCCAUCUAAUUUCAGGAGUCCUUCAUGUAAGUAGUAAUUCAAGAAUCAAAACCAUUUUUGAUGACACCAUCUUUGUAGCUAGAGCAUUUUCUUCAUGCAUCAUAUUUAAUGACCCUAUUCAACCCUAACACAGCAUCCCUGUCUGAUGACUACUUUGUUUCUCUUUAGAUUGUGAGCCCCUUUGGGACAGAGAACUGUCUUAUUAAUUUAUUUAUUAUAUGAACCACUUUGAAAACUUUUGUUGAGAAGCAGUAUAUAAGUAGUAGUCAUCGUCAGGAACUUCUCUGUCACAUUCCACAUGUGCGCACCAGCUCUCUCCAAGAUCUCUCUUGAUCUGUCAGGUCUGUACACAUGUUGCUCUAUCCCUCUCAAUAGUCACCCAUGUUUCCUACUCUCUUUUUUUUUUUAAUUGGUAAACAAAAUUUUAAACAUGGCAUUAAAUAUGACCUUUGAUAGGAUGCUCAGGGGUGAUUUUCAAUGGGAAAAUAGUGGGGUAGAGAGUUAAACACCUAGAGAGAAACCUCAUCCUCAAUUAUGGGCAUCUAAGGCAUUCACUCCCCCACCCCACCCCCAAGACUAAUAUCAGUAUUAAAUAUAUACUGCAUCGAUUCUUUUUAUCAUGACAUUGGGCAAAAAUGAUAAUGACCACCUGAUAAUGUGUACCUUAUCUCUACGUCAUUAAAAAAAUAAUUAGAAGAGUUUUAAAAAUACUUUUAACUAAAAGCCUGAGAAAACAGGCGCAUCUUAAGGGUCUUUUUAAAGGCAGCCAAAGAUGGAGAAGAUCUUUCUUUGACAAGGAGCACAUUCCAAAGCCCUGGGGUUGCCAUAGAGAAGGCAUGACUAAAGCAGACAAGAAUUCAAUAACCAAUAAUGUAAUCCUGCAGCAAGUGUUAGAAGAAAUGCAAGAAUCCAUAGCGGCCAAAAUGCAAAAAAGAUUGGUGAUUAAUGGUUAAAUUGAUUAAUGAUUAAAAAUUAUUAGGGGAGACAUGAAAGAGAUUUGGGAAAUUGCAGAGGCCACAAUGGAGCCCCAGUGAUAUGCAAGUCCUUUGCUAUUUUUAUUUGAAAAUAAAUAUCUCAGACCAAUCAGACAGUAAUGAAUUUGUCAAAUUUAUCGAGGCAGUAUCUAUCCCUUGACUACAAGACCAUCAUAAGCACAGUCUAAAUGAUCCAUUAACAGAUGAAGAGCUUCUAGAAGUGAUUAAAUAACUGAAGAGCCAUAAAUCUCCAGGCCCAGGUAGUCUUAAAGCCCUGGCCUAUUAAAAAAAUUGAUGACAUAUUGAUACCUAGACUUGUACGCUACACUAUUUUAAUUCACCAUUAUUUAAUAUACCAUUAUUUAAUUCCAUCCUGUGGGAGGCCAUUAUGUAUCUGCCCCAGAUCCAUUAUGUACUCUUGAACUGUUCUCAGCCAAGUCGCUAGCUCAGUUCCUCUAUGGUGCCCAAUUGGGCCCCUUCCCCAACAUUGCGACUCUGGAACUUGUACAAUCUAAAUUUCUGUGGGCAGCACUCCAAGUAUCAAGAUGUGUCUCCAAUGCCAAUUUGCGCCUGCAGACAGGCCUGAUCAAACUGGACGCUAGGGUGUGGAAGGCCAUCCUCUGUUAUUGGCUCGGACUAUCCUUUUGCCCAGUUGGUCUUGCCCCCCUAACCCUAUGUGAUGAUUACCAAUCUAGCUGGAUUCAGACAACUUGGAGAAAAAGAGCCACCCUGGACCUUUUCUCCCCUUGACCUUGCUCAGCAUGGGCUAUGACCAGGCAAAAGCAAUCAUCAAACUGCUCAUUAUAGACAGUGAGCGCCAAACCAAUCUCAGCAGGGUCCCAAAAUUUCAUGUCAGUGAUGGGCUUUUAUUCUGCUUCUCCAGCAGCAUACCUCACCCAGCUGGAGGUUCCAAAGCACGGAAGAGCGUUCACUUUCGCUCGCUGCCAUAGCCACCCUUCAGCAGUGCUAGAAGGCCGUUAUAGAAGGACCCAGUUUGCAGAGUGACUAUGCCCCUGUGGCCUAGGGCAGAUCGAAACUACCGAGCAUGUUCUCCUCUACUGUUUGUUCUAUAGAGAGAGACAGUUGCGCCUCCCUCAUCCUUCCAUUGCUAAGCAAGUAUCCAGGUCAUCCGAGCCAAUUCUACAGCUCCUUGCUACUCUCUGACUCUAAGCCUGCAAUCACAUAUAGUAUCGCUAGGUACUGUGCAGCUGUGAUCAGCGUUCAUCUGCGGAUGACAGGCAGUGAGUCUUAUCAGCCUUAAUCUGAACCUCAGUGACUCUGGGCAGGCCCUACAAUUGCUCACGCGCCUCCUUUUUAAAAAAUGGUUCCUUAUAACCUUUAAUCUGGCUGUUUUCCAGUUUUAUUACUCAGGCUUUUAUGUAUUUCUGUCUUCUCAUGUCUUUUAACCUUUUUACAUCCAUUCUUAUGCUGUCUCCCCCCUCUUUUUUAAUGCCUUUCAUGGGUUUUUAUGAUUUCUAUUACUUCUCAGGCUUUUAGACCCUCAUGCUUUUGGUCUAUUAUCUACUAUUUUUAGUAUGUUGAGUCCUUUUAGUAUUAAUAUGUACCGAUUUAUAUGUAAUCACUUUUUAUCUACUCUCACUUUUAACAUGUAAUCACCCUUAUACUUUAUGCUGCUCUGUGACCAUAAUAAAGAAUGAUUGAUUGAA